CCGGAGGCAGUAAACUUGUCCUGUGGAGAGGGUGAUGCUGAGAUGAUGCAACCAGAGGAGGGGGCAGAGGAUCAUCCGGCUGCUGCCAACAGAAAGGGGCUGACAUCCGAAACCGAUGCUGCCUGCCCACUGAAGUUGUGGAUUGGCGAACUGUUAGCGGCCGCAAAUGAACAUUUAUCGGACCUUCAUCAACCUAUCAAACAGGAAAAUUAGGAGGACCUCGGAUUGAGCUGUAAAUGUAUCAGCAUCAGAGUGCUCAGUAUGAAGAAGUCGGUCCGGCCAGCAGUGAGUAAGGUGAGCGGAGAUCGAGGGAAGGCAGAGGCCACAGCUACCACUGGGACCGGAAAACCUGCAGCCAAGACCAGCACCACUGCACCUCUGUCUAAGGUCAAAAGCAAUGAUGAUCUUUUAGCAGCUAUGGCCGGAGGGAAUCCUGCAUCAAGUAAUGCUGUCAACAAGGCCAAGAGGACUGCCUCCAUUGGGACUAAUGCUAGCAACCUAGACAGCAAGCCAAAGACAACAUCAGGUACUUCAUCCAAGCGCUUGACAUCUUCAAUUUCCAAGGAGCCAAAUUCAUCACGAGACCGCCUCCGGACAUCCAGGACCUCAGCCAAUAAGAAGCAGUUGGUAUCAGGGACUGUAGUGGGGGAUGUGGCCUCAGGGAAGCGGUCUCGCGGCCAGGUCUUGGCAGAGUCCGAUGGCCGUAUGAGCAAGUCUAAAUCAGACGGCCAGAUCAGUGAUAAGGUGGCUCUGGAGGCCAAAGUAAAAGACCUGGUGAGUUUGGCUAAAAGCAAAGACAUGGAGAUCCUCCACCUUCGCAGUGAGCUGAGGGACAUGAGGGCCCAGCUUGGCUUGGGAGGGAAGGAAGCACUGCCGCAGGAAGGAGCUUGGGAGGAAGAGAAGCCCCAGGUUUCAGCCAUCACAGCAGCUGACGUGGAGUCCACUCUGAUUCUCUUACAAGAGCAGAACCAGGCCAUCAGAGAGGAGCUCAACCUGCUAAAGAGUGAGAACCGAAUGCUAAAAGACCGGCUCAAUGCUCUGGGCUUCUCUCUGGAGCAGAGGCUGGAUGGCUCUGACAAGCUGUUCACCUACACCUCCCUGAGCCCAGACCUGGCAGCAGGCAGCGGGCAGAGCGAUGGUGGAGGCACAGGUACGCUGACCUCCUCAGUGGAAGGCUCUGCCCCCGGCUCUUUGGAGGAUCUGCUCACAGGACACCAGCAUGGAGGCUCAGCAGACAACCUCGACAGUGAAUCUAGCGAGGUCUACCAAGCCGUCACCUCCAGUGAUGACGCUCUGGACGCCCCGUCUGGAGCUUCCUCGUCAUCUGAGUCGGAGUGCGCACCCAGCAGGGAUCGCUCACAGAGGGGCAGCAGUGGCAAUGCCAGCGAGGUGUCAGUGGCCUGUCUGACAGAGCGCAUCCACCAGAUGGAAGAGAACCAGCACAGCACUGCUGAGGAGCUCCAGGCCACAUUACAGGAGCUGGCUGACCUGCAGCAAAUCACCCAGGAGCUGAAUGGAGAGAACGAGCGGCUAGGUGAAGAGAAGGUGAUCCUCAUGGACUCCCUGUGCCAGCAGAGCGACAAGCUGGAGCUGUACGGUCGACAGAUUGAGUACCUGCGCUCUCUGCUGGAUGAGCAUCAUAUAUCGUAUGUGCUAGAGGAGGACAUCAAGAGUGGCCGCUACAUGGAACUGGAGCAGCGCUACGCAGACCUGGCAGAUAAUGCCCGCUUUGAUAGAGAGCAGCUGCUGGGGGUUCAACAACAUCUGUCCAACACGCUGAAGAUGGCUGAACAGGACAACGCUGAGGCCCAGGAGAUGAUCGGAGCACUGAAGGAGAGGAACCACCAGAUGGAGCGCAUCAUGGAGUCAGAGAGACAGGGUCGAGCUGCCAUGGCGGCCACACUUGACGAGUACAAGGCAGCAGUGAGCAAUGACCAGGCAGAACUGAGCCGCUGCAGAGCCCAGCUGGACCAGGAGAGGCAGAGGGUGGCCGAGCUGUACUCUCUCCACACCGCAGGCGACAAAAAUGACAUCUGCCAGCUGCUGGAAGGAGUACGUCUAGGGAAAGAAGAGGCUGAGGCCAAGGCGGCGAAGUUGCAGGAGGAGCUGGAACAAGCCCACAGUGAACUCACCCGGCUGCAGGAGACUUGCAGUAAGCUGGACAGGGAAUACAGAGACUUCCAGCAGCAGGUGCAACAGCAGAUGGCCGAGCAGGAGCGCACGCUGGAGAAGCAGCGUGUGGAGCUGCAGGGGAAAGAGACUGAGAUCGCAGACAUGAAGGAAACCAUCUUUGAGCUGGAGGAUGAGGUGGAGCAGCACCGAGCUCUUAAACUCCACGACAACCUCAUCAUCACAGACCUCGAGAACUCUGUGAAGAAGCUGCAGGACCAGAAGCAUGACAUGGAGAGAGAGAUUAAGAUUCUUCACCGCAGACUGAGGGAGGAGUCGAUGGAGUGGCGUCAGUUCCAGGCUGAUCUGCAGACAGCCGUUGUCAUUGCUAAUGACAUCAAGUCCGAAGCACAGGAGGAGAUUGGAGAUCUGCGGCGCCGGCUGCAGGAAGCCCUGGAGAAGAAUGAGAAGCUGAAUAAAGAGCUGGACGAGGUCAAGAGCCGCAAGCAGGAGGAGGAGAGAGGCAGAGUGUAUAACUACAUGAAUGCAGUGGAGAGGGACCUGGCUGCUCUCAGACAGGGGAUGGGUCUCAGCAGGCGAUCCUCCACCUCCUCAGAGCCCUCGCCCACCGUCAAAACACUCAUCAAGAGCUUCGACAGUGCCUCACAAGGUCCUCCUACCAAUGGUGCCUCUGUGGCUCCAACAGCCUCGGCUGCCCCGCUACCACGCACCCCCCUCAGCCCCAGUCCCAUGAAGACACCCCCAGCGGCUGCUGUUUCACCCAUACAGAGACACUCCAUAACUGGGUCUAUGUCAGCAGCCAAGCCGCUCUCCUCCCUGAGUGAUAAGAGGCCCAGCUACACAGACAUCACCAUGCCAGCUGAGCACCUCCUCAGGGGAACCUCUGCUAGCCGGCCUCCGUCUGCCCUGCAGAGGGUCUCCAAUAUGGACUCAACUAAGGCAAUCUCAGUGUCCCGUCGGAGCAGCGAGGAGAUAAAGAGGGACAUGUCUGCUUCAGACGGGGCCUCCUCAACCUCCCUGAUGGCUAUGAGUGCUGCCUCCUCCCCGCUCUCCCUGUCCUCCUCCUCCCCCACCGCCUCCAUCACCCCCACCGCACGCAGCCGCCUAAGAGAAGAGAGAAAGGACCCGCUGUCAGCACUGGCCAGAGAGUAUGGAGGCUCCAAGAGAAAUGCUUUGCUAAAGUGGUGCCAGAAGAAGACUGAGGGUUAUCAGAACAUUGAUAUCACAAACUUCAGCAGCAGCUGGAAUGAUGGCCUGGCCUUCUGCGCUGUGCUCCACACCUACCUUCCUGCACAUAUCCCCUACCAGGAGCUCACCAGCCAGGAGAAGAGGAGAAACUUCACCUUAGCCUUCCAGGCUGCAGAGAGUGUGGGCAUCAAAUGCACUUUGGACAUAAAUGAGAUGGUACACACAGAGAGGCCGGACUGGCAAAGUGUCAUGACUUAUGUCACAGCUAUCUACAAGUACUUUGAGACCUGACUUCACCGUCUCACCCACCCUGCUCCUGCAGCGCAACCAGAGCCACACAAGCCCUCCUGAGCUCUUGGCAACCUUUCAGCCCCAUGGUUAACAAUUAUACCUCACUGACCCUCUCUCCCACACCACAGCAACACCCUGUCACGCUGCAUGUCGGUCUACAGUAUUUAGCAACACUAAAGGCAGACCAGAACCUCACUGGACACACACAGCUACUCCAUCCUCCCAGUGCAGCGUCAAAGGCGCUUUGUGUAGAGUUGUAGUCCAAGGGCUUGCCUCUGUAUGUCUGCUGUUACACUAAUAAGCCAUGGGAAGUAGCCUGGUGAACCAAGUAUGAACUGACCAGUGAUGAAAUCCUGUAGAUCACCUUUGCCUUCAGGACCAGCAUGAAAAAGAAUCCAAGUCUCAGUGCCUUCUACCUGGCUUUUCCUGGCAAAUAAUAUUCCUUCAGUUAACCCAGUUUCCAGGGUGUUAAGGGAGAUUUUCUGCAAAUCUGACUUUCAGCGUGCUACUUUGCAAGAGGAGUCAUUUUCAUAAACAGUCACAAUGUUUUUUUUCUUUUGUUGGUUGUGAAUAUUUUGUGGAAAACAUCAGCUUUCUACAGAAUAACAAACCAAAAGUCAGUGAUGUUGGAAUUCCCCCACAACCCUGAAAAUUCCCAUUGAAAGGAAUUCAGACAGAUGCAGCCUUUUUGCACCAAGUCUUCCAGACAUUACAGUACGAUACAGAUGCCUCUCUUUCAAUGGAUAAAGUGCCUGUGUGAGUUUUGAUGCAGGAGACCAGGAUAUGAGCUCUCUCUAUGGGCCAAUCCUCCGCAGAGACGGUGUCUUUUCACAACAUUUUGUGAAGCUGAACAUUCGAGGAGAUGUUGCCAAAUAUGUUUCAGAGCCUUUUGAUUUUGAGCAGCACUAACACACUCUUAUGAUGGGUUUUCACUAAAAGAUUCAUGUAGGUGGACUAAUAGUCAUUUGAUGUGUAUGGAGUUGAAAGCUAAACCAUAUAAUGUGAGUGUUUGCAUUUUGUAGGCCUGCAUUUGCCAUCUUGCACUUAGACUUCUUUCAUUAGGCACAUAGGGAACACUGCAUCAUAACCAAAAUAUGUGAGUGAAUAGCAUUUAGUUUCUUGAUAAAAUGUAUUUUGACUGACAAGCUAAGUUCUGUUUAGAUCAGAGCCUUAAACUGUAUCAUCCUGGGGCUCUAAUUAGAAAUAGUGUCUCACCUAGGGCCUUCAUAUUUGGAAAAUGUGCUCUAGCAUUUGGAAACCAGCAGUGACAGAUUCAUAGGUGAAGACACAUACGUUUAUAGGUCAGCUGCGUCUCAUCAAAAAGGAAUAGUUGAACUUAAAUACACUUAUUUGCUUUCUUGUCGAGUUUGAUACCACUUACAUGCCUAUCAGCUAAAUAUUGUUACCUUCGGACAGAGCCAGGCUAGCUGUUUCCCCCUGUUUCCAGUCGUAAUGCUAAGCUAAGCUAAGUGCUUGCGGGCUCUGGCUUCAUAUUUAGCAUACAGUCAUGAGGGAGAUAUCAAUCUUAUCAUCAAACACUAUGCAAGAAAGCAAACAAGUAUAUUUCCCAAAAUGCUGAUUUUUUUUUUUCUUUUGUUUGUUUUUUUUAAACAUCAGCAAACGUUGCAAAACCAUUUAUUUUGCACAGAAAUUAAUUCAAUUCAUUGUGCCAUUGACUAAUUUUGUGUGUUAAUACUGAUGCUGUAUUAGACAGAUAGUUUCUUAAAUUCCUAGUGUGACUCACCAUUGCUAUAGAGAUACUUUGUAGCACAGAAUGUCAUUUCAUUUGUCUGAUUUCAGUCAGCAUCAUUAAUGUUGUGGAUUUAUAGCAGUAUAUAAACAAUAAGCGGUUUAUAACCCACUAUAAUAUAGUUGUAUGCAGCUAUAAAGACAUUUUUAAGUGUUGUAUUAAUGUGCAGUAUUUGUCAGCAAUGAUAACUUAUCCUAUCAAGACAUUUUAUGUUAUUACAACUGUGUUUUACUAAUAUUGUCAUUCAUUAUCUGUUUAUACAGCAGCCUCCACUUAUGGAUGCCUCCAUAUGAAGAAUUAUAGCCUAGUUGUUGACAAAUACAUUAAAAACGCAUAUCUGCAUACAGCUACAUUAGUGUGUUAUAAACCAUUUAUUAAAUGUUUAUAGACAGCUUAUAAAUGCUAAAUGGGGGGGACUUAAAAUAUAGUGUUAGCAUGUAAUGCUGUCUGACUGCUGUGUGUUUAUCGUGCCUCAACAUACCAAGUUCACUGUAUUUAUUUGCAUGGUUUCCAAUCAUUGUAGUGCGGUCAUUGCUUUAUUUGUCUGAAGUGUAUAUGAAUUUAUUACGCAUACAAAGUAGCUGCACUGAGACAAGCUUUUUAUACUCCACACUAACUUCCUGCCAGUGUAGCUUCGGCGAGUGAAACUGUGACAUUUCAAACUGCAGUUAUCUCUCCUCACCAGGCACGCGUCGCAGCGCGGAAACAGUUUCUAAGACGGGCUCCGUCUUGUUUGCGCCUCUUGAGGAACACGAAUAGUGAGCGAUCGUGGGAAGCUGGUUAGAUCCCCUCAUGUGUCUGGUGAAGGUGAUUACACACUGUAGAUAUGGAUCAGACAAAGCAGCCAGCUGGUAUCAAUAGCAACACGAGGCACAACAUUCUCGAUUUUAGAAGCACAUCAAUCCACCAAUCCACAUCGCCACAAUGCGUACAGCUGCAUUAGACAUUCAUUGAUGUUAAAGUUGACACAAGAGCCUGCAACAAUGAGAGUUUCUUUUUUGUGUGUGUGCAAGAGAGAGUGCGAGUGAGUUAUUUAAAACAUUUGAAAGCAUUGGCUCUCUGUUGAUAGGGCUUUGUGAUGCCAUGAUGCUGAGGAUUAUCAACCAGCAGUUUUAUUGUGUUCUGCUUGAUUCCACCGCUGGCCCACGUGUUUUAUUGCUCCCGGCAGGAUCGUCUCUCCGUCCUGGAAGUGGAAUGUGUUUUGAUCACACUUUAGUGAUCCUGGGACGUUACGAGGUCCAGCGUGUGCUGAUGUGGAGUGACUGAUGAACACUGAGCCCGGCCUGCUGAGGAGAGACCAGCGACUGGCAAAAGCUAGGAAGCACAUUCUGCCUCCACAUGUUGCGUUGUUUGGGACCUGAGAUGAUGUGAAGUGUGUAGCUUUACCACAGCGAGCAAAGCAAAUGUGAACAGUCCAUUAUGUCUUUAUUGGGUCCACUUCAUCAAGCUACAUUUAUUUUUCUUUUUGUUUACUUGAAAAUGCUCUGAUAAUUCCACUGAACCUGCUUUAGUUUGUUUUUGUUUCCAUGUUGGCUUUUAUUUUAUUUUAUUUUUUAUUAUUAUUAUUAUUAUUUUUACAAUCCAUGCUGCAUUUUGUUUUUGGUGUGGAAUUAUUAUUAUUUUUUUCCAAGAGAAAAUCCUGAUCACACUACAUGCAGUGCUGAAAUUGUCCCAUGGCAUAGUUAAAGCUGAAUGAAUGUAUUUGUGUGUGUGUGUGUGUGUGUGUAGGGACUAAGCUACAGUAUUAAGUGCACACUACAAUGAUAAUCAGUUGUUUAAAAAAAGUGCUCUCUGAAUUUGUGUUGCUUUAUUUUUUUUUCUGGCAGUAGUUAUAAAAGACCAUUCAAACAGC